UGUUUCUCUUCCACGGAACCAUGAAGAUUGCCUUGGUGACCAGCUCUUUGGUGAUGCUCUUCUUGAUAGAUGUCCACGCCAAUGUCCAACCACAGAAGAACUUUGACCUCCAGAGGUUUGCAGGAAAGUGGUAUCGGAUCGGCCUCGCCUAUGAUUCUCCAGGUUUUGUUGCGUUUAGAAGCGGACUGACCAUUUCUAUGGGCAUAGUGGAACCAAAGGAAAAUGGAGAUGUCAACAUGACAAUGUGGAGUUUAAGGUUGUCUGGUUGCCAACGUAAGCUCUAUGUUUAUGAGAAGACGUCUGUGCCCGGCCAAUUUAACUACUACAGCACUCGUCAUAGAAGAGUAAAGGAUGUUACUGUGGUGGAGACAAACUACACAGAGUAUGCAUUGGUCCUCAAACACAGGAAGUUCAACAAGAAGUACACACAAGUAUCACUUUAUGGCCGCACUAAAAAAUUAAGAGCCGAUCUGAUAGAGAAGUUCAGAGCGUAUGCCACAGCUCGAGGAUUUUCCAAAGACUCCAUACUGACUCCACCACUACCUACUGGUAAACAUGCAAACUGCAGUAUAUUUACACAUUAGCACUGUUCCCAAACCUAUUAAGCUGGCUAUUUUGACAGCAUUUUAAGGCUUCAUAAGCCUGCUCUACACACGAAAACUGUUCCCCAAUUGCCCCCCUGGAUUUGCCUCAAGACCCUACAGAAACUUGUGAAUUGGCACCCCGUGAGUGUCGGUUGAGUCUCUCAUGCACUUCUCAUGCUGUCUAUGUAAAGUGGUUCAAAUCUGUUCAAUAUUGAGGUUCUAUGAUAAUUAAGAUGUUACCUUAGAAGUUGGUUGCCUGAUGUAAGCGGUAGGCUGCAAGGCAGCACACUAGGUU